UUGUCAAUCACAGGACAAUGUCGGAGUCUCAGUGUGGUGAUAGUCAGUAGGGAAGUGUAGCUGUUUGACGAUUGUCAUUGACCAGUCUUGUUCUGUUCUGAUGUUUGACACCCCGCCUCUGCUGGGACACUGGCUUCUUGUUUGCCAGGGUCUCUUUAUGUUCUGCAAACUUUCUUACCACCUAGUCGUGCCUCCACCGACCCUGUGCACAAGGCUGUUCAGCAGCCACACAGAACUUGAUGGAGAUUUCCUGGGCCUGUGUUGCACAGACUGCAACUCUCCUCUGCGCUGCACCACCAAAGGCUGUCGAUCAGGAUGGGAUUAUUUACUGGCAUUAUGCUGUUGCAAAUGAGGAACAUAUUCAGGUCUUUUGAUUGGCUGCUUGUCAAUCAUGUGGGCCGAUGGAGAGGAUAAAUGGCAGACACGAUUCAGCCUUCAUCAGCUCACCUUGAACCAGAUCCUCCGACAUGAUGCUCUGCUUCAGACUCAGCAGCACACUGUUGCUGGCAGCAGCCUGUUUCCGUAUGGCUUCAGGCUUUUCCAGUGCCCAACAUGUAUUUCCCUACAUUGUGACCCCACUAUCCACAGAGAGAGUGAUCACCUGCGAUGACGAAGACAAUGUCCAGCGUCUGAGCUGUGAGAGCGGAGUGAUCAUUGUCCAGUCAGUUCUGUACGGACGUGCAGACAAAGAGACCUGCAGCGAGGGCCGACCUGCAGAGCAGCUCACUGACACACAGUGCUCUCAGAAGGGAACUCUGGACGUCCUGAAGAAAAGGUGUGAUGGGAAGAGUGCGUGUGAAAUAAACAUCGACGUCGUCAGUACUUCUGAUCCCUGCUUUGGCACCUACAAAUACCUGGACACCACCUACGCCUGCUUCCCAGCAAUCCGUACUGUUGUCUGUCAACACUCCUUGGCAAAGCUUCAGUGUGAUGAGGGUCAGGUGAUAUUUGUCUACGGGGCUGAUUACGGACGCCAUGAUCAGACCACAUGUAGUUUCGGCCUUACUGCCAGUCAGAUCCAAAAUGUCAGCUGCUCAAAGGCCGCAACCAGAGUCGCUGAAAGCUGUAAUGGGAAAAGCAGCUGUACUGUCAAAGCAAGCAACUCUUUGUUUGGGAACCCGUGUGAAGGCACUUACAAGUACCUGGAGGUGGCUUACAGAUGUCAGUAUCCCUUGGCUGACUGAUAUCACUGGAGUGGAUAGUAAAGCACCAAUAAAGUGUUUGAUGCCUCUGUUCUAAAGUUCCAGAUGAUUUAAUAAUCACCACUGCAGUUUCAUUCUUUUCACUGUAACUUUGCUAUACAAAUCACCAGGCCUCGUCUACAUUUAAAUGUUAUGGGUAAUGUUGUUGGGAUUCCUGAGGAUUGUACCUCUCCAGUGUUUCUGUAAUUUCACUGUGCUGCUCUUUUUAAUCGUUCAAGUUUUCUUGCUAAAACAGGUGUUUGUUCAUUUAUAAUAAACAACUCAUUGCAACUUGA